AUGGGAAAAACCAGCAAAUCCGAGAAGCCCCAUCUCCGAAAAUCGUCGAAAGACCAUUCGCCAGACCCCAUUGAAUUGAGUUCCAAGACCCCACAGAAAACCAAUCCACCGCGCACGCGCAACCGUGGCGUGGCGCUCUCCGUCACCGACGUCAGGAAGGUCGCUGAGGGCCUUCAACGCCAUGAUACGACAUCGUCUCAGGCCAAAACUGUAAGGAGGAAGAUCGCAUUGCCUUCCCCUCUUAAACACAUGACUGCUCCUAAUGAACCCUUUAAGCUUCCGGAGAAGUAUGAAAUUCUGGCUGAGUUCUUUGAUGGCUUAGAUAGUUCGAUUCGAUUAUUGCGCUUGAAAGGCUCUAAGACUUCCUUCACAAAUAUUAGCCGUAAGGUUGAAUGUUUAACUGACAGGAGGUUUACACAUAGUCAUCUGGCCAAGUUGAAAUUUAUCUUGCCUGAGGCAAUUGUUGUAAAAAGAUUACUUGUGUUUGAUGAAGGGACAAGUUGCAUGAAGCCAGAUCUACAUGUUACUAUAGAUCUUGAUGCUCUGGAGUCUGAUCGUGAUUGUGGGAGUGUGCCUCUCAGGAAGUUAUUUCGCUCGCGGCUCAGAGAUUUUUGUGAAUCCCAUCCUGAGGGUGAUGAAAUUCCAGAGGAAACAUUGCCUGAGCCAUUCAAUCACCCAAAGCAAGGCCGUAUUCCAGACAUAUUGAUAACUCCCUCCCCAUCAUUCACUACAGGGACAUUAUUUGAUGCAUGUGCAGCUCAUCCUCCCAAAAUAUUGUCAGCAUGCAUGCUGAAUAAUGACAUAGUAGAUAAUACAGAGCAUGCUAACAUAGAAAAAACAGUUUCUGUCAAGACAUCAAUUGAAGCACUUGACCAGCGACCAACACCAGCCUCUCAUAUGUCUCAAUCUUUUAGAAGGAGCUUUUCUCAGAAAUCUAAGGAAAAUGGAGAAGAUGAUGCACCACAAGAAUUUCCAUCAGAUUCAUCCCAACCCCUGGCUUUUACAGCUUCAGCGUCAAGCCUGAAGAAAAAACAUCCCAUUGUGGGCACUAAAUCUCAUUCCAGAACAUUCACAGAUAAGUUGGCUUCAGAAGCAGCUAGUAGUGAAAUGUGUACAACAAUUUGUGCUUCUCAAGAUUGCCUGAGUGAUCCACCUGCUACUCCAUGCAAAGAUGUGCCUCUCGAGAGCAUUGAUGCCAUGUCAACGCCAGCUAAACUAGUUUCUACUCCGUUAAGGCUGAUGUCUGCCACACCUGCAUUGUCUACACCUAAAAGACAUAUGUGCCCCAAUGACAACUCUGCCAGUACAAACAAGUUGGUUAGGCGUCCACCGCGUUCAAGGUCAUUGAAAUUUGACACUCCAGUGAAAAACAAGCAGACAGAGAGUGAAGCUGAUAAUGGUGGCUUAUCAAUUGAUGAUGAUAUUUUUGAUAUCCUCCCAGAGAAUCUUCUCCAAUCGAUUAGGGAAAAGGAAAGAGUGGCAAUGGAGGAAAGAGAUCCAGCUGUCUCACAAGCAAAGAGGCGGCAAAAAAUGAUUGCCAGACUCCCUAAGCUCUUUAACAUGAUCCACCUAUUAUUUCAUUCAAUAAACCACUCUGUCAUCACGAAAGAGGAGCUUGUGAGUAAGAUAAUCUCAGGCCAUUGUGAUAUUGUUGGCAGAGGUGAAGUUGAAGAACAGCUGAAUUUGUUGCUAGAACUAGUACCAGAAUGGAUUUCUGAGAAGUCCGCCUCUAGUGGGGAUCUCCUAUUCUGCAUUAAUAAAAUGUUGAACCCUGAUACAAUACGAGCAUCACUUGAAGAAGCAAAGUGAGCAAGGAGAC